UACUCCUCAUUUAUGUGAAGAAUGUAAGAAAUAAAGUCAAUUCAAAUGCAAAAUUCAAAUUCAAAAACUUUAUUCCCUGGAGUGUAGGAGAAUGAGGGAAGAUUUGAUAGAUGUAUACAAAAUUGAGGGGUAUAGAUAGGGUAAAUGCAAGCAGGCUUUUCUCACUACAACUAGAGGUCAUGGGUUAAAUGUGAAAAGUGAAAUAUUUAAGGGAAACAUGAGGGAGAGCUUCUUCACAAAAAGGGCGGUGUGAGUGUGUAACAAGCUGCCAGUAGCAUUGGUGGAUGCAGCAUCAAUUUCAACAUUUAAGAGGAAGUUGGCUAGAUACAUGAUUGGAGGAUAUGGCCCAAGAGCAGGCCAAUGGGGUAUGGACUAGAUGGGCUGAAGGGCCUGCUUAUGCACAGAGGUGUUCUAUAACUGAGUUUCAGUAUAUCCUGUAUUUAGACAGAGAAAUUAUCCACUGCUGUAUUGGAUAAACAGUCUGCCAAUUUAGAGAUAGAGAGGUGGUGAUGAGGCAAAUCUUGGUGUUAUCAGUGUACAUGAGGAAACAGGUGCGUCGUGUUUUGGCGAUAUGUUGAAGGACGGCAUGUUGAGUAGAAAUGGGAAGGGAUAGAUACAGGAAGGAAAAAUAUUGAGUUUAUAAAUAAGAAAUUGCAAGUGUUGUCUAGAUGGUGGUGGCGAGACUGGCAUAAUCAAACUGCAGGUGGAAUCGAAAAGGAGGUCGAAGGGGGAAACCCGUGAUUGUUUUGACUCAAGACACGGGUAUCAUUACAUUUAAAUGAUUCAGAACAGGAGGAGGCCCUUCGGUAGAGCUUCCCGCUCUCGCUCACUCAGAGUCCUGAAGAAAGAUUCACUUCAAGUAUUUAUCUAAAUCCUUCUCAAAAGACGUGACUGAAUCAGCAUCCAUACCCUCUCAGGUGAUCUCCAGAUGAGGGAAUCCUUCACUGUUAAAACUCCUCAAUUUUCCCUCACAACUAAUCCUGCGUCCAGUUUGCAUCUCCCACAGCAUCUCCGUUCCCUGCAUUCCCUCCCCUACUCCACGCCCGCCGAGGCGAACUCCAGAUCGGAGCUCCGAUGCCCCCUUGGCGGCGACCCGACCGCGAGCGUCAGCUUCCCGCCCGGCGGCGGCGCGCGUGCUCACACCACGUGACUCUGGCUCGGGCGCGCUCCGGCUUGGCGGUUGGGAUCCGAUCGGUGUACGCACGCGUGGGGGAAAGGAGGGAGUGAGUCCGUUGUUUCCGGUGGCGGGUGCCCGUAUGUGAAGCGCCCUGACCACCGCCAGCCACCCUCCCCCCGUUCCACACACACACCUCCUCAACCCCCGCCUCUCCCUCUCCCCGAAACCCCCGCCAUUGGCCGCGGCGGAAAUGGUGGAUGGAGCGAGAGAGCGGCCGCACACCAUACAGCAGCACCCGACGAGACCGUUAGUGGAGGGCCGCCGACUCCGGCUCCCGACACAUUCCCCGGCGGCGGCGGCGGCAGGUCGCGGACUCUCUCCAUGGCGGCCCAGCAGCUGCGCGGCACCAAGGUUUACUGCGACUCUAGCGGGGACUGUAACCAUGUCGCUCUCAAGAUCGGGAGGCAGCGGGAGGUACAGCAUGCGGCGACGGCGGACGCCCCUGCCCCCGCCCCUGCCCCUCAGCACCAAGGCCCCGGGCCCACCAAGUAUAGCAUUUCGUCCAGCUGCAGUUCGGGCGAGUCGGUGAGGCGGGCGGCUCGGAGCCCCCGCCGCCGCCGCAAGUUCCCGCAGCUCUUCGAGCGGGCGUCGGGCAAGUGGUGGGACCCCGCCUUCGACUCCCGCAAGCUGGAGGACGCGUGUCUGGAGCGCUGCUUCCCGCAGACCCAGCGCCGCUUCAGGUAUGCGCUGCUCUACCUCAUGGUGGCCGCGCUGCUCUGGGCCAUCUACUUCGGCUGCGUGGUGAAGGAGUCGGCCCGCGGCCUGGCCGCCGCUUUCCUGGCCCCCACCCUGCUCUUCAUGUCGUGCUGCGCCGGUUUGCUGGCGGUCACCUUCAGCGGCCUGUACUCCCGCCACUAUGUCCGCAUCUCGCUGCUCUUCACACUACUGGUCUUCGCCCUGUCGCUGGCCACCCGCUUCCAAGGCGGAGACUUGGAGGGCAGCGGCUGCGGCUGGAACGAGAGCCGGACCCCGGCUCCCUGUUGGACGCACCUGUCGCCGGUGGGGAGUUUCUCGAUAUCUGUAGAGGUGUUACUGCUGCUUUACACCGUCAUGCCACUGCCCCUGUACCUCUGUUUUCUCUUCGGCGUCUCCUACUCGCUGCUCUUCGAACUGUUGGGUUACUACCUAAGCAGCGCUGAGUGGUGGCGGGGCCCGGGCUCCCAACCCCUGGUGCUCGAGGCCCUGGCUAAAUUCUUCCUACACGCCUGUGUGCACGCCGUGGGCAUCCACCUGUUCACCAUGUCGCAGGUGCGCUCUCGCACCACCUUCCUCAAGGUGGGCCAGUCCAUCAUGCACGGCAAGGACCUGGAAGUGGAGAAGGCCUUGAAGGAGCGCAUGAUCCACUCGGUAAUGCCCAGGAUGGUGGCCGACGAGCUGAUGAAGCAAGGUGACGACGAGAGCGAGAACUCCUUCAAACGCUACUCGACAUCCAGCCCCAAGAGCAAGAAGAAGAAGACCUCAAUCCAAAGGGCGCACCUCAUCUUCAGACCCUUCACCAUGCAGAGAAUGGAACCAGUCAGUAUACUCUUCGCCGACAUUGUGGGCUUCACAAAGAUGAGCGCCAAUAAGUCGGCCCACCUGCUUGUCGGCCUUCUCAAUGACCUCUUCGGACGCUUCGACCGCCUCUGCGAAGGCACGGGGUGCGAGAAGAUUAGCACCUUGGGGGACUGCUACUACUGCGUUGCCGGCUGCCCAGAGCCCCGCACCGACCACGCGUACUAUUGCAUUGAGAUGGGAUUGGGGAUGAUUCAGGCCAUCGAACAAUUUUGCCAAGAGAAAAAAGAGAUGGUCAACAUGAGAGUCGGGGUGCACACUGGCACCGUUCUCUGUGGCAUUUUAGGAAUGAAACGUUUUAAGUUUGACGUUUGGUCCAACGACGUGAACUUGGCCAACUUGAUGGAACAACUUGGGGUAGCCGGAAAGGUCCACCUUUCUGAGGUCACUGCCAAGUACUUGGAUGAACGUUACCAGAAAGAGGAUGGAAAAGUGAUGGAAAGGGUUGGCACACAAAGUGUGGUUGCCGACCAGCUGAAAGGAUUGCAAACGUUCCUUAUUUCUGGAAGAAAGUCACCUCAUUCUGUGUGUACCUGCUCCCAGGCACCAGUUCCUCACCUUUCCAUGGGAGACCCCAGCUCCCCCACAGUUCCCAGUCGACACCAAGAAGUAAUAAGUGAAGCUGCCACUGAAGGAUCACAACCUAGCAGCAUGAUGAGCAAAGCUAAGUCCACGUGUCCUACCUGUAGCGUCAUGCUGGUCUCUCGACCUGAUGCCAGCACGGAAGAAAACACAGUACAGAAUGGUUGUCAAGAUGAACUGAAAAACACUAAGGCACCAUCAGCAGGACGAGGUCUGAAGGCCCAAAAUGGUCUGUUAAGUCCUCCAGAGGAAGAGAAGCUGAACAACAGCCAGACAUCAUUGUUUGAGAUGUUGCAAAGUGACAGGCAGUUGGAUGGAUUACUUCCACUACGCUUCAAACAGAUCCGGGAAAAAACAGAUGCCCAGUUUGUCAGUGUCAUUAAAGAAGAUAGACUAAUGGAUGAAUACUUCUCCAAACCUCCCAUUAACAAAUUCAGCUUGAAUUUCUUGGAUUCAAGCCUGGAAAAGGCCUACAGAGGCAGCUAUCAAGAUGAGGUUGUGAACAAUGCAUCAGAGAAGACGUUUGCCAGUGCCACUUUCAGUUCACUCCUUGAUGUCAUUCUCUCCACCAUAGUCUUCCUCUUUCUCUCCAUCACAUGUUUCAUGAAGCAGGGACUAUGUACAUCACCUCCGCAUGCCUCUGUUGUGGUUUUUGUCCUUGCGAUCCUGCUUCAAGUGCUUUCCUUGGUUAUCUCCAUCAGAAUGGCGUUCUACCUGGAUGAGGUGAUGCCAUGCACCAAAAGAUUGAUGAGGGCAAUCUCAGGCUGGCUGCCUCGACAUUUUGUUGGAGCCAUUCUCAUCUCUCUCCCUGCUGUUGCUGUGUUUUCCCAUUUCACUUGUGAAUUUAAAACUAAUGUAAAUGUGACCAUGUUUUUCUGUUGUGCAAUGAUCAUCACUUUCAUUCACUACUGUAACUUUUGUCAGCUGAGCUCCUGGAUGAGGUUUUCUUUGGCCACCAUUGUUGGUGUGUUGCUUCUCAUUCUGCUCUACGUCACACUAUGUCCUUCAAUCCUACCCGAAACCCAAUUUGAAUCUCUAGAAAUAUUUGGAGAGAUUGGCUGCAAUAUUUCAAUGUCUGGAUGGAGUUCAAAAAAUCUAGAACUGAUGAGACAGGAAGUGAUUCUGGAUAUCGUCCUGUUGCUUCUGCUGGUCUGGUUCCUGAACAGGGAAUUCGAGGUCAGUUACCGCCUCAAUUACCAUGGUAAUGUGGAGGCAGAGCUUCAUCGCCACAAGAUACAGAGCAUGAAGGACCAAGCCGACUGGCUGCUUCAUAACAUCAUCCCUGCCCAUGUGGCUGAUCAACUCAAGGUCACCCCCCAUUACUCUAAGAACCACGAGGACGUUGGGGUUAUUUUUGCCAGCAUUGUUAAUUUCAGUGAGUUUUAUGAAGAGAACUAUGAAGGGGGUAAGGAAUGCUACCGGGUGUUGAAUGAAUUGAUUGGUGAUUUUGAUGAGUUACUGGGAAAGCCUCAGUACAACAGCAACAUUGAAAAAAUUAAAACCAUUGGAGCUACCUACAUGGCAGCAUCAGGACUAAAUCCAUCACAGCGUCGCGACAGCAACCAUCCACACAGUCACUUGCAGACCCUUUUUGAGUUUGCCAAAGAAAUGAUGAGGGUCGUGGAUGAGUUCAAUAAGGACAUGUUGUGGUUCAACUUCAAACUGAGGAUUGGUUUCAACCAUGGACCCCUCACUGCAGGAGUGAUUGGCACUACAAAGCUACUGUACGACAUAUGGGGCGACACAGUGAAUAUUGCUAGUAGGAUGGACACUACAGGAGUGGAAUGUAGGAUCCAGGUGAGUGAGGAGAGCUAUCGAAUAUUGAGUGAAAUGGGCUACGACUUUGAUUAUCGGGGGACAGUGAAUGUCAAGGGCAAAGGUCAGAUGAAAACAUACUUGUACCCCAAAAGCACAAACAGUGGGAUCAUCCCGUCACAUCAGCAUUCUGUGUCGCCGGACAUCCGAGUGCAAGUGGACGGAAGCAUUGGGCGCUCUCCCACCGAUGAGCUUGGUGGCCCUGUGCCUUCUCUGCCCAUCUCGGACAGACCUGCUCACUGCGCAGACAGCACUGAGGAUAAAGACCUGCCAUGUGCUCGACAGAAGGUAAAGAGAAAGCAGGUUGAAGGGGCAGGCAGCGUAAUGGGUGAGCAGGAUCCAGAGAAAGUGGAUGAACUGACAAAGCUACAAAUCUCUAGCUGUCUAUGAUGCAUCUUUUCAUAUCAAAUCAGCCUCAUCGGUAGGACCCAGUUCACGUUGGUAGUGUGUGCGUGAAAUAAUUAUUCCUGGUUUUUAAUAUUUUCAUUUUAUAUCCUGGUUUCUGUGUGGAUCACAGAGAUGCAGGUGGCAGCUCCAUUGCUAAUGUCUAUGCUGUUUAUGGAUAUCAAGUGCCUUUGGAAAAAAACUGAGGCCUAUACUUCAGGUAAAAUGGAAGGAGGUUGCAGAAAGCCUGACUUGGAAUCCUGUGUAGAGCUCUGGUUAUAACCUUCUCACACAUCAGCCCCCUCGCCCACCCAAAUGUAAUAGUUGGUUUAUUAAUUUGUCACAUUUAAUCAGAGCCUAUGAGAAAUUCUAAUGAUGAAGCUUGAAUGCCAGCAGUGCACCAGGAGAUUGGAGUAGGAAGAAUCUGGUUCUGUGAGGCAUUAACAAUAAAUAAGCAUUCUUGCUGGUAUUCCAAAGGGUCUAAAAUUAAUUGCCUAUUUCAAACUUCAGUACAGAGCAUCCCCCUUUCCUCUACCGUAAUCUCUCAGACCAGGCUGUGAACUGGUUUUCUGCUACUCCCCCUUGUUGGGUCACAGGGUGGUGCUCAAAGCCUGAAGCCUUAAACCCAGGGUUCUUCAGAUCUGUGUGAAAGUAUGGCAGAUUAUGUUGACAUUUAAUUUUGAUGCUUUUUCUCAUAGUUGCCACCAAAAAAAUGUUCUCAUUAAAACUCCCCAAGUAUCUUGGAUUCCUUUAAUAUCUGCUUUCAGUUCUGUCAAUUGGUGUCUGUUCCAUUUGGAGAUGAAAAGAGUUAUAAGUGUUGACCUGGGGCAGGACCAGUAGCUAAACCAGUGAGGAGUUAGUUCCUAGGCAUCUUUGGUCAUGGGCCCAUCUGAGGGGUUAAUGUUCUUCGCCCGUCAAGCAGACUGCCGCAGUUACAUGGCAUCUACUGGUGCUUGGUUAAGAUCCCUGACCUACCAAGCCUGCUAUUGUGAAACAUUCCCAAAACUAGUGGAGUUGUCUGUCCUAAAAUAAAAAAAUGUUCAAAACAUGCAGGAAGUCCAGCAGCAUCUGAGGAAGAGGAAUGGAAAUAACGUUUCAGCUUAAAGGUCCUUCAAGGUUAACCCUGUUUCUCUUUUCGUAGAUGCUGCCUGAUCUGAGCGUUUCCUGCAAUUUCUGUUUUUAUUUCAGAUUUCCAGGAUCUGCUUUUUUUUUGAUUGAAGCUGUCUCUCAUUCCUGUUCAUGUAUGAGAAGCUAGUUGUUGGGAGAUUGAGGAUGGAAAUGAGUAAAAAUGUUACGUCAAUUCAUGGAGGGUGAAUGUGGCAUUUAAUUCAUGCUAUGAAAGGAUAUAGUAAAGUUACUGUUGUUGCAUAUGUUGAUGGGACUAUGCAAAUAUUGAUGAUAACUCCCUUGUCCACCCAAAUAAAAGUCUAGUACUGAACCCAGGAUUUAUGCCGGAUCAUGACAGAGUAGACACAUUGGUUAGGUUCGAUCUCUCUCCCAACUAUUUUUCACUGCCAGCACUUCCUCUCUCAUUCCCCCCACAAAUUUUUAUGUGUAUUUAUUUGAAUUAGUGAUAGUUCUCGUGCUUUGAAACCCAUCAAUACAAAAUAGGUUUUGUGAUAUAGUAUUGGAGAAUGUAAGCCCCUUGUAAUGGUGUGUUCGAGGCCCUCACAUCAUUGCUGAUACAGUGAGAUUCCUUAUUAAGAGCUGAUCAUGUGUUCCCAUGUUUUAAAACAAUUAAUUUUAUCAUUUAAUUUGGUGUGUCCCAAUAAAUAAUAUUGGAUUCCUUUCUCCUGAUCAGUACUGGAAGUUCUGUGUGAGCAGCUGGCUAACCGAUCUGACCUUGCUGUCUUCCCUAAUUUGGUUCAGAUGAGUAAAGUUUUAUUUAAACAACAUCCAUUUAAAGGUGAUGUGCAAAGCAAUAUAUGCAAUAACAUUAGAUGUUUAAGAAAAAGAAAAUGGUGUUAAAUUAAAUUUUUUAAAUGGGUCUUAUGUUGUAAGUCCCCAAAUCAGAUUGGACCCAAAUCAAAUUCUGGAUCAUUUACUACUUGAACUAGAUGGGUCUUAUUUGGUGUUAGACUGAGUAGGUUUCAAGCAAUUAUGCAACGUGAUCAGAAAUCCAGACCCAAGCAAGAAUUAUCCCAGUUUGCUGCUCUUGAGGCAGAAUGUUAUUUGGGGUCACUCUGGUGUUUAAUUAGGAUCAGGAUAAUCAUGUUCUGCAAUUGUAUAAGCAGGCCACACAUGGGCACAUCUUUCAAUAAGAUUAGAUACUUCAUCAGCAGAAACUUAAUACAACAAAUGGCUGUAAUCAAAACACUGAAAGGAAAGUAUGAGAGAUGAAUUAACAUCUGUUGUCAACAAAUGGAGCCUUUCUAACUAGAGUCAAAUGAAAUGUUUUUAAACUUGAUCACACCAAGAUGCUUUGGCUCCAUUCAGGCAGGCAUCACCUCAAUAAUUCACAACUCAAUUAUGCUAAGCUCCACUAUCAUUCAAGCAACUUUUCUGUACAUAUGAUUCAGUAGACUCUUCUUUAAGUGGGUCCUUGAUGACAUUUUGCAUUAAAAUAUGAGUUAUAUGAGCAGAUUAAAUGUUCUGAAUUUAUUUGCAUAUUAGAGACUGCCUUAUGAUUUAUUCAGUGCUAGAAUUUGAAACACUGAGCACUGCUACUGAAUCCAAAGUCUUGAUGCUGGAGAAAAGUACUCAGACCAGUGAGCCUGAGAAAGGCCCUUUAGUGGGUAGGGUUUCAAGAACCAAGUAGACGUUGCUUUGAUUGUCAUUGUGCUCAAAGUUCAAUCAGCAUGAAAGCUUGAAUAUUUUUAAUGACACUUUUUUUAAAACUUAAGGUGCACAAUUUUCCAGUUUUUUUUUAAAAUGUCCAGCUUUGUCAUUGAAAUAGUAUGUUAUUGCCUUCCCCCACUGGUCCUGUGAUAGUUUCUCUCAUAUUAACUCUGCUUGGACCACUGCAUCUUAUAGAAAUUCCAUCUUCCACCUCUGCCCUCCCCUACAACUUGCAAAGUCUAAGCAAAUGAGAAAACAUUUCCUAUUUAAAUAAAAUUAUUUCUUCCUCAUGAAGCAAUUGCACUGCUUCCUGCCGUGAAAUUACUUAAAAUUAAAAAAAAAAAUCACAAUAUGUACCCAACUGAUCUGUUAUUCCCUCUCACUAUCAUUUCCCAUCUUCCAAACCCAUUGUAGCCUGCCCAGUGCUUGGCAUUGUUAGCCAUCAAUGUUUGACAUCCAGGCAGCACAGUGUAGAAAUUGCACUGCUUUCUGAAGUGAAAUGACUUGAAAUUAAAGUAUGCACCAAACUGAUCAGUUAUUUCUGCUCACCAUCACUACCCAUCUCCCCGGUCCUUGCUAUUGCUUGUUAGCCAUGAGUAUUUGGCAUCCAGUCAGCACAAUAAGGAAUUGUUCCAGUAUCCCAGGAUUUUUAAAGCAAACUUAGACAAGUGAAUCACCUUUUGAGUAACAGUAAGUGCUUUUAAAUUACUCUUGCUACAAAAUAUAUCAAUUUCUGAUCAAGGGUUUACCACAGUUGAAAUCAUGUUGAGCAGCAAUAGACAGAUGAAGCUGUUAUUUUUCCACUUGGGAUGGUUUUCCAUCACUUAUUGCAGUAUAUUAAAUUGAAAUUUAAAUUGCCAUGGCUUUUGUUUUUGAAAAAUACAAUCAUAUGCCAAAGUUGCCCACCUGUACCACCACAAGCUCAAUGGAGUAGGUUGUAAUCAUUGUGUAAUGUCUCCAGCCAUAAUGUCUCCUAACCAGGAGCAAAUUCUGUAGCUCAGUUGAAUAGGAGUUGGCCACUCAGCAAUCCCCAGAAAGUGGUGGAGUGGGGGUCCUGUGUGGGAGUCAGCUACGUACGUACUUCAUAUGUUUUCAGGGACCUGUCUGUCUGGUAUCCUAUAACAAGUACAGAUUUUAUACUGGGCCUCUACUUUAAACAGAUAAUGAAUAUUUAUCAUGAAACUACUGCAAAUUCAACAAAUGUGUUUUUUUAAUGACUAAUUAUGGACAUUUUAAAAUAAAGUGAGUUACCUAUU